CGCCCAGCAGCAUCUCAGCCGAGCAGCAGCGCAAAAAAUGCACUGAAAUACGCAUUUUAGGACAUUUCUACCCUCUUUCGGUUUGCCAUGAGGGCGUGUGAUGGGAAUAACGGGGAUGUUCGCACCGGAUUACGUCCCUUUAUUUUGAGCGAAAUGCGGAUUGUUUUGCGCUCGAGGUGUUAACGCAGACAAAAAGAAAAUAUACAAAAAUGAAGAAGCAAUUCAAUCGGAUGCGACAGCUCGCCAACCAGACUGUUGGCAGGGCAGAAAAAACAGAGGUACUGAGUGAAGACCUGCUGCAGGUGGAGAAGCGUUUAGACCUGGUAAAGCAGGUCUCUCAUAGCACACAUAAGAAGCUGACUGCCUGUCUGCAGGGACAACAAGGCACUGAUUUAGACAAGAGAUCAGUCAAAUCUCCCUUGAAAAAGUUGCCCCUGACGAUACUUGCUCAAUGUAUGGUGGAGGGAGCAGCUGUGUUAGGAGACGACUCUCUUCUUGGCAAGAUGCUGAAGCUCUGUGGUGAGUCAGAGGAGAAGUUGGCCCAAGAGCUGCUCGUCUUUGAGUUUCAGAUUGAAAGAGAUGUUGUGGAGCCUCUGUAUGUGCUGGCUGAGGUGGAAAUUCCGAACAUUCAGAAACAGCGAAAACAUUUAGCCAAACUCGUCCUGGACAUGGAUUCUGCAAGGACACGGUGGCAACAGUCAUCCAAGUCUUCAAGUCACCCCAGUAAUGUGCAGCAGGGCGGAGCCAAGGGUGAUUCCCUGAGAGAGGAAAUGGAGGAGACGGCCAAUCGGAUGGAGAUCUGCAGGGACCAGUUAUCAGCGGACAUGUACAAUUUUAUGGCCAAAGAAAUAGACUAUGCAAACUACUUUCAAACGCUCAUAGAGGUUCAGGCGGAGUAUCACAGGAAGUCUUUGGAGAUUCUGCAGAGUGUGCUGCCACAGAUCAAAGCUCACCAGGAGGCCUGGAUAGAGAAGCCAUCGUAUGGAAAGGCCUUAGAGGAACAUCUAGCCAUCAGUGGCAGGGAGAUUGCGUUUCCUAUCGAGGCGUGCGUCACCAUGCUGCUCGAAUGUGGCAUGGAGGAAGAGGGUUUAUUUCGGGUAGCUCCCUCAGCCUCCAAGCUGAAGAAACUUAAAGCAUCUCUGGACUGCGGGGUUCUGGAUGUGCAGGAGUACUCGGCCGACCCACAUGCCAUCGCAGGAGCUUUGAAGUCUUAUCUUCGUGAACUUCCCGAACCUCUAAUGACCUUUGAACUCUAUGAUGAAUGGAUUCAAGCCUCAAAUAUUCAAGAUAUGGAUAAAAGGCUCCAAGCCCUUUUGUGUACAUGUGAGAAACUACCAGCAGACAAUCUGAACAACUUCAGAUAUUUAAUCAAGUUCUUAGCCAAACUCACAGAGCAUCAGGAUGCUAAUAAAAUGACGCCGGGUAAUAUUGCAAUAGUUCUCGGACCCAACCUGCUGUGGACACAUUCAGAGGGGAACAUGACAGAAAUGAUGACCACCAUGUCGCUGCAAAUCGUUGGCAUCAUUGAGCCGAUCAUCCAGCAUGCUGACUGGUUCUUCCCUGGAGAUAUUGAGUUCAACCUGACAGGCAGCUAUGGCAGCCCAGUUCACACCAACCACAACUCCAACUACAGCUCCAUGCCCUCGCCCGAUAUGGACCAAUCAGAGCGCAAGCAGCAGCAUGACCAGAGCCGACGCCCACUCAGUGUUGCUACUGACAACAUGAUGCUGGAAUUCUACAAGAAGGAUGGCAUUAGGAAAAUUCAAAGUGUUGGUGUCAGAGUCAUGGACACGUCGUGGGUGAAGGGCAAAAGUUCCUCUACACUGGCCCGCAAAGCCUCAUCCACACCUCCACAAGCGCCCGGCUCUCCUGCGGACACCCUGAUCACUGAGCAGCCCGGUGAGCUGGCCACAUCUCCAUUCCCCACUCCCCCUCCUGGAGACAGGGGCAGCUCAGACGACGUGUCGCCCAAUCGUCCGGAUUCCUCACAUGUCUAUUCGUCCCACGCGGAGGAGCGGCCACCCCCUCCGUACCCUUCCUCGUCCUCAUCCUCCCAUCCCGGUCCUCAGCACUUCUACCCCAAGCCCCCUCCCUGCGCUCGGCCUGUCGCCCCCGGUCCUGAGUCCCAGCCUCCCGGCUCACCGCCUCCGCCCCUGCGCUGGGCCGGCUUCGGCCCACCCCUUCCCCUUCCCCAGCCCCAACCACCCCCAUCCUCUUCUUCCUCUUCCUCCUCCUCCUCACUCGAUAUCAACUCCAACCCCAAGCCUAGCUGCCUGCACUUUCUCAAACACGGGCCCCUGUGUGAUGCGCCGCAUGCCGCUCCGCCUGACGCCAAUGCCUCGCCCCUCUACAUUAAAACCCCUCUCGUGCUGACCCGCCAUGACAUGCCCCUCGGAAACCCCCCUAGCCUCCCCUCCUCCGCACCCCCACCGUGGGCUGCCUGUCCAUGUGCCCGCGAGAGAGGACCCCCCAGGCUGACUAGCACUCUGAAGAGCAAGGAGCUCUCUCCUGUGAUUGGCCACAAGUCUGUGCAGCCGUCAGGAGCAACAGUGCCCCCUGUCAGCGGUCAGCAGAGCAACAGCCAGUCUCCUCACUCUGCCGAGCACAGCCCCCACACCUUACACAAAGCCUCUAAGAAACUGGCCCCUGUGCCGCCCAAGGUUCCCUAUGGCCAGUCGGGGGGGAUAUCAGACCAAUCCACAGGUCAGCCGUCUCCGGUUAGCCUGUCCCCCACUCCCCCAAGUACCCCCUCCCCAUACAGUUUGGGCUGUCCCCCUGGACACGCGCCCACCUCUUCCCCUGGCCAGACCCCAUUAGGGGGACCCUAUAUGUUGUCCUCGCCGCCCUCUCUGACUGGUACGCUCACAAAGUCCCGACCCACCCCAAAGCCCAGGCAGAGACCCAGUCUACCCCCUCCCCAGCCACCCACCGUCCCCCCUACGGCCCCCCAGCCCCUGGAGCAGGGUCUACUUGACGGAUUGUCCCCCGGGGAGAGCAUGUCCACAGCUGUGUGAGGCCAGGGACUGAGUGUGGGCUGAGUGUGAGGGGGACAUUUAGGGUAAGCCAGAACCUGCUGUGACCGUGCCAUAGCCUCAUCUCACACCGUCUGGCCUGGUGCUGUGGCUGAAUCUGGGGCCUCUACCGCAGCAAUGUUCUUUGUCUCAUACCGUAACACUUCCUUCUCCGGCUCUGUCAUUCUCUCCCAGUCGCGGGGCUGUCCUUGGCUUCUUCAUUCUGUCAGUGUAGUCUGUGCAUGGUGUGAGACUGGUCUAUGCAUGGCUUAUGGCCUUUCUUUUCCGAGCAACAUCACACAUUUGCCAACGUCGUCGCUUACGAAGUUCAUCUCAAUGCCUCCGGCCCUGACCUCACAUCGUGAUCCAUUCCCCCUCCCAAUAUCUCCACCACCACGUAGGUGGGCCCAGGUAAACCCCAACCAAACUCUCUUUCAGUCGAGUCCAUCUCAGGACGACAGUACAACUCUCCGCCCCCCACAGUCGUCCAUCCGCAUCCAUCUCAUUCUUACACAGGGGAGGUCAUCACAAUCAGAUACAGUCCACAAAUCCACAUAGUCCACUGACAAGGUUCUUAAUGUUACCACAUCUUCAAUUUGCACCCAUCUUGUUGUCUAUGUGUGGAGUAUUUUGUUCAUUGUGGUCAGUGUUGGGGGUAACAUGUUACAAGUAACGUAAUGUUAUGUGCCAAGUAUUUCUUGUUGAGUAUCAAGUAAAGUAAUGUGUUACUUUUUACAUUUACUCUGCGGUACUUUUUCAAACAUGUAACACAUAACAGGUUUAGUGUUGUUUGGCAGGCGUUCUUCACAGGCAAAAUCCAGAAAUUUCAGUAUGAAUCCACGUGAUCGGGACUUUCACAUGAGGGCGAAAGAUUUUCCUCAAUAAAUAUUUCGCAAUAGGUUAAAACUGAGGAUUUGUCACAUUUAUUGGUUUUUGGUCUGGGUAAUGUGUUACUUUUUACAUUUACGCUGUGAUAGGUAACAGCGCAUAUGUAACACGUAAUGGUAACGGCACAUAAAUAAUAAGUAAUGUUACUUUUCUGUUAAUUUUCUGAUUGGAAAAU